AGGAGAUGACCAGAGACUGCGGACACAGUACAGGAGAUGACCAGAGACUGCGGACAUAGUACAGGAGAUGACCAGAGACUGCAGACACAGUACAGGAGAUGACCAGAGACUGCGGACACAGUACAGGAGAUGGCCAGAGACUGCAGACACAGUACAGGAGAUGACCAGAGACUGCGGACACAGUACAGGAGAUGGCCAGAGACUGCGGACACAGUACAGGAGAUGGCCAGAGACUGCAGACACAGUACAGGAGAUGACCAGAGACUGCGGACAUAGGACAGGAGAUGACCAGAGACUGCGGACACAGUACAGGAGAUGACCAGAGACUGCGGACAUAGUACAGGAGAUGACCAGAGACUGCGGACAGUACAGGGGAUGACCAGAGACUGCGGACACAGUACAGGAGAUGACCAGAGACUGCGGACAUAGUACAGGAGAUGACCAGAGACUGCGGACACAGUACAGG